AUGAAUCAUCUGUUGUCGCAAUACCGUGCAAUGAAUACCGCGCAUCUAACGAUGGACGAAAUGAACUAUGAACUUAAAAUUCGCAAACUAGCACGAGACGCUUCACGUAGUCAGCUAGAAAGAACACUUAGAAAUCACCUGAAAGAAGAAAAGAAUCAAUCGAAUAUUGCCUUUGAAUUUGUAGGUGAAUCAGUUGUCGACGGAUUAAUGAAAUGCAAUGAAACGGUGAACAGUAUAAAAACGGGGUUAGAGAGUCGGAGAAGCAAAACUGCUCCCGACAAAGGUUUUAAAAUUAGAUUGUUGCACGUACUUUUCCGUUUAGAACGACUAAAAAUGUACGCGGAAGAGGAAGAAGAUCUGAACAGCUUAGCUAUCGUGGCGGGAGACUGUGUUAAGUUACUAAAUGUUUACUUUUCAAUUACUUCACAUCUCUCAGAAGUACGCGAAGCAGAGAUAGCAAUAAUUAACGAAAGUAUAAAUCAAGCUCUUCAAACAGAUGAAAAUGAGAACACAAGUAGGGAAAGCGUAAGACAAGAAGUCGUAGAAGAGCACAACGAGGAAAUUAAAAAUGAAAACUCACGAGAGAAUGGAGAAGAAAACGUAUCGAGUGAGGAAGAAAGCGAAGUUGAACAAGAAAAUUUACCGAUCGUAGAAAACACGUUGAGGAAUAAACAGAAAAAUAUAACGAAUCGUGAAAAACAGUUAGCAGAAGAAAACGAGAAUUUGCUGGUAGCAGUACAGCAGUUAAUGAACCGAAUUAAAGCAUUAGAAAAUCGAAUUGAGAAUGGGAAAAAUAGGAAGUUAAUAAAAACUAGCAAUAGUACAGAGGGAGAAGAGAAUGGAAAUUCAAGCGGCAGGAGAAAUGAGAAGCAAACCGACAAAACAGAUUUUUUGACGUGGUUGAAAACGAGGAACAGUUCUAUGAACAGUUUGGAAACCACUGACGAGAAUAAAGAAAGACCGAAAGCAAAAAGUGUUGCAUCAGAAAGCGAUAAGUCAAAAGCGAAUUAUAGCCGAUUGCCCGUGCACAAAUGGUCAGUUCGUUACGACGGCAUGGACAACGGAAAGAGAUUAAAUGAAUUUCUGAAAGAAGUGGAAUUCAAUGCACGUUCAGAAGGAUUUACGGAAGAGGAACUUCUCGUAAGAGCACAUCACUUGUUUUCUCACAAGGCUCGUUCAUGGUUUAUGGAAGUUAACGGAAAUAAUGAAAUUGGAUCAUGGCAGGAGUUAGUACAAGAAUUAAAAAACGAAUUUUCACCUAUCGAUAUGGAUUACGUGUAUGAAAAGCAAGCAAAUAAUCGUAGACAAGGACCCAGGGAAAAAUUCCAGGAUUAUUACUCGGACAUGGUUAGAAUCUUCCGGGGAAUGUCCAAUCCUUGGGAUGAGAAACGAAAGUUCGACGCUCUGUUUCGCAACACUCGCGACGAUUGCCGAAAUGCCAUGCUGGCUGCCAACAUCAUGACACUACCUAAAAUGAGGGAAUUUGGUAAGAGGUUCGAUGCAAUAAAUUGGCAAAUGUACCAAAGGAGGGAAAAUGGAUACAUGCCAAGAACAACACAAGUUGAAGAAAUAGGACAACAGAGACAGUGUCAGCCACGACGAGAAUACCGUUACACAGACAAGCAACAGGAUAGAAAUAAUCAACACCAGAAGUUCAGUCAAGAAUUCACCAGAAAUAUGCCGAAGAAAUCAUGGCAAAAUAAACCAGCAAACGGGGAACAACAUAACGAGCUGAGAGUAACGUCCCAAAAACAGAAAACGAACUUACAAAUCUCCCCCCAGGUAGACAAGCAACAACCAGGGCCCAGUGGAACCAGUGCUCUCCAACGGAUCGUCAAAGCAUAUGUCCCAGUAAAACGAGCGUUGCGGAUUUCCUGGCUUUUCAACAAACAAUUGCCCUUACUGCGAAGCAAAAAACUACUCGAGGACUGCUCAGUGAGGCGAGCUAGUCGAAAUAGAAAGUUCGAAAGACCUCAUGAUAGAAACAAUGCUGAUCCCACCGAAAUUUUAAUGCAACUCGGAUGUUCGCGAGUGGGCGAAGAGAAAAAGGACAGCGAGAUUGUCGAGGAGGGAGAAAAUUGUUUAAUUGAAAAUGAAGAUAAUUUGAGUGACGAACAGAAUGAACAAUUAGCGGAGGUGAAAAUACUAUUCUUAGUAGCUAGCCCUGGAAAUUUCGGCAAAACCGAUGUAUUGGAACAUCACAUCGUACUGAAAGAAGAGUACCAGCAAGCGGACCCCGUAAGGAAAAAUCCCUACCCUUGGAGUCCGCAAAUACAACAGAAGAUACAUCGUGCUGUGGAUAACAUGAUACGAGACAACAUCAUCGAGCCAUCCAAUUCGGACUGGGCUUUACCAAUCGUUCCGGUUAAAAAGAGAGACAGCGAGGAAUUUACCCCGCAUAAAGUAAUCUUUGGGCACGAAAUUGUGAGCAGAGGCACGGAUCAUCGCCUGGAGAAGAACGAAAACACGAAUGAAGAGGAGAAGAUGAGCAACAUGAAAGUUGUAAGCAAGAAAAUUUGGGAGAUAGUGACGGAAAAUUUGAGAAAGGCUAGUGAAUCGACGAAGCAGCGGUACGACCUACGUCACAAGACCAACUCACCUAUGUUUAACAUUGGGCAGUGUAUAAAAAAACAUUCCGUCAAUCUUCGGCAGGAAACAAUUUUAACGCCAAAUUGGGCCCUCCAUACACCCAGUGCAUCAUCGUCGCCCGAAGAGGAUCUAGCUCGUAUGAGGUAUCCGAUAUGA